AUAAGGAGUAAGGCAACUGUUCCAUAAGUAUUAUUUAAAGAAUCUUGGAAAGCAGCCGCUAUGAAGACCGUGUCCACGACUAUCCUGGUACUAGCCAGUGUUGGCUACUCGCAGGCAUUCUUAGGACCCCUGGCUGUUCUGUUACCAGGAAUUACGUCAAUCAACGCAUCGCCAGCCCCAACCUUAAACAUAGUAGUACAAGCUAUGAAUGAAUUUAUUAAUGCAUUAAAUUCAAUGACGGAAGAGCCGACCACUGAAACAGACGAAUCGACAUUAUCGACAGAAUUACCAAGUUCAUUGACGGGAGUCCUGGCGUCUUUGACUGAAAACCCAAAUUCUAUAUUGGGAGCGCUGACAUCAUCAUCGGAAAACCCGACGUCAACAACGGGAACGGGAGACCAGACUUCAUCAACAGAAAGCCCGACUUCAACAGCAGGACAAGAAUCUUCAUCGACAGAAAGUCCGACUUCGACAGCGGGACUAGAGUCUUCAUCAACAGAUGCACAGACUACAUCAACAGACAAUCCGAACUCAUCGACAGAAAACCCUACGUCAUCGUCGGAAGGACCGACUACAGCUACGGCGGAACCAUCUUCAACAACAGCUAAACCAACUUCAACAACAGUUAAACCAACUUCAGCGACGGCAGAUCCGACUUCAUCUAAGAAAGACGCAUCUUCAUCACCGCCAGCUUCGAGCACGGCUUCACCUUCGCUGUCCAGUCAAUUAGCUGAUGCAGUCAAUAACAAGCCACUGCCUGAAGUGGUGGUAAAAGCAUUAAACAAAUUGGGCGUCCCCAUCGACAAUACUGAUGAUGUUGAUAGUCUCAGUGACGCUAUAGGAUUCCUCAGUUUAUUCGGAAUUUAGCUAGAGUUUUAUAUUUGGUCAGUCUAUGUGAUCUAAUAUUAACAGAAUAUUUUUUUCACAAGAAUAGGUUUAAUAGCGUAGAUUUGAAAAAGCAGUUGAUACGACGAACUCAAUGACUGAUAAAAACUUAUUGUAUUUUGUGUAAUUACAAUUAAAUAUAAUAUUUUAUUCUUAUCCGCUGGGUUUAUUUUUACGAUGCAUACUCGAAGGGAUAA